AUAAUAGUAACGGCGGACAAAUCAGAUAAUCUCGACACAAUUGUGUGCCUCAGGAAACCUGGAUCCGCAAACGAAGCCUAGAAAACGGUUUUCGGGAAUGUUUGCGAUUGAUUAUGAAGCAACAUUCAUAGAUCACAGGAGAAUCACUGUGUGUCUGGCGUGCUUAGGCCCUGGGAGUGACGAGGGAACUUUUGAUAGCGUUUUUUGUUCGCUAGUGACUCACUACUCAUUUACCUUUGUACGAAGUAAUGGUGAGUUUACUGAGCAUUUGUCGCUCUAAUCAUCUAAAUGCCAUAAGGGUAUCUCGACGUAAACUAUAAUUUACGUCAACUAUAGUUGAUUAUUUUGACAGGCCUUGUGUUGCAUAAAUUGGCUUUCCAUCAGUACCAAUAAAAUUUAUCGGUCGAUAAAAACUAUAGAACCUAAGGUUUAAUGUUUAGUUUUUCUGAGAACAGGCGAAUUAUGUUCCAGUUGCUUUAUAUAGAGGGAUGCAGUAACUCAAAAUAUUUGUGGCAUAUUUGAUGCAGACCAAAUGAUGUAUAAUACUUGACACACACCACGUAACAUUAGUUCUGGGAAAACACGCAAAAAGUAUAAAGCUGUAUGUUUGGUGGGGUCUCAAUUUAAGCAAGUGCAGUGUAGCACAACUUUGUACUACCGACUACAUUUCUGACUAAAAACAAUCUAUGUGGUUUCAACCAUAGCUAUUGCUAGUAAGCGCUUAUAAACAGGAUGGCAUAUAAGGAUUACUUAUCAUGGGAACUUACUAGUUCUCAUCUAAUAUUAACUUAGUUUUUCGUCUUAAAUGGCAAAAUCGGAUUUCAUUGUCCUAGACUUUUAACUUGCUCUGCAUUAAAUGCACAAAAACUCUGCCUCUAAAUUUGUAUGACGUGAAUUGUGCUGUCAGUAUAGUGAAGAGGUAGUCACAGUCUCAUGUACUUGACUAAGAUGUUUGGACUAGGACCGUUAUUCUAAAAAUUCAUCUGCAUUUCAUCCCUUGUAUAUAUUUGAUGUUAAACAAAACAUCGCACUGCUGAUUCAAAGGCUGAAGAAAGAUUAAGUCUUGUAGGGAAAAUAGGCUAUAUUUUACUGGGCGAUUGAGUCUAUCAUCGGGGUUGUGUUAGAUUUGCUUAAACGAAGUAUGUAGCAAUGUUGGGGUUGGAAUAUACAUAUCAUUUUGGUGCAAGGUAAAACCUGGCACCGAUUCUUCAAUUCAAGUAAUCAUACCACAUUAACAUAAAGAGAUAAAACUCCAAAGAUACCCUGGUGUAGUAGAGGUAGUAACAGUAGUAGUUAAAAAACUAAGUACAGAAAAAGGAGAUAAAAUUUCGGGUAAUAUACGUGUAUCGCCGUGAUAUACGAUAUAUUUUUGGUUUCCAAUCAUUUCCGAUAUGGGGUCUGCGUAUUGUUUUAAAACCAUCUGAUAGUUGAUCUCUAUAGGAAUCAAAUUAGGGCUACUAAAAUAUCUUUGUCCGAUGCUGAUGGCAGGUGACACUUAUAGUUUCUCCUUGCAUAAUAUGCAGAACACUGGUGAUUAGCUCCUAUGUUUGCUUGCUGAAAUUUCUGUACGAUUUUCAAUGAGAGAAAAGUGUCUAGAUGUGAGAAACAAGUAACUUAAAUAUUAAGCGAGCAGUAUACAUGGCAAAGGCAAAUAUCUUUCCUUAAACUUGCUUGGAUUCUACAGCACUAAUUCGCGUUCUCACAGGUUCGAAAAGUGAACAUCUGUUGAGCACGAAUAAACGCGAUUCUCUUUCGGAGACCUCUGAAGUACACAGUGAUAUUGGGAUAUCAAGUUUUAAUACUCGUCAACCAAUCUGGUUAAGGUUCUUAAAGGAAUAUAACCCAAUCAAUAAUGCAUGGAGCUGUUUCCAACCUUAUCGGGCUACUGUUGGACUGCUUGCUUUUGCCUGGUGUUCAAGUCAUUCUGACAUAGAACUACGGGUCAAAGAUUACAUCAAGCAAAAGAAAUUGUUGUCAGCUACGCUUAUCAGUAGUCAACUUUUCCUGUUUUUAAAACCAUUGGGCAAUCAAAACGACUCACUAUCAGUUGAAGAAGCAAAUGCUUUUGUAUCUGAAAUGUUGAAAGAGGAUUCAGCAUUGCUAGGUGAAAUUAUUUGUCAUCCUUCCGAGCAUUUAUUCGCAUCAGAAAUGAAUAUUCUUAAAGAUUUUGGUUACUCUGCUGGGACGGAUGAGUGUUCUUUAGUUGACAAAUCACAUGUUUCAAUUAGACCACCGUUUGUUAAUCAUCGGAUUAGUUCAGUCCUUCAAGCACUAACUUCUGAAAUUUAUUGGAAUUUGAAGAAGAUGCUCGCCGCUAAGUGUCCGAGUGAUAUUAAAUUGAAGAAAAAAGAGUCACAGCUAUCUAAAGAACUAACAGACUCGUCAGACGAUCUAUUAAUGGCUCCAGAAGAAAAUGAAUCGAAGUGGAAUAUUCUUGAUGAAGUCAGACGUAAAGCGCUAGGGCGUACUAAUGCAUUAUCUGCUUUGUCUACCUUUACAGAUAGAUCAGGAUCAACAAGUUCUAUCAGUGCUCAAACAGAUAUAAGUUUUGAGUGGUUCGGGACAUCAUGGAUGCUUUCAUCGUGUUCCGUUCCGAAUUACGGAAGAUUUAUCAAACAGAAACGAGCAACGGGGCGGUUUAAGAAAUAUUUGGGUGAUAUAUUUUUACAGUUAGGUGAUUUAGAAAUGGCACAAAUUCAGUAUAAUCUGGCCCUUGAACAUUUAAAACCUAUUAAUGAUACUUUGUGGAUAGCAGGUGCUCUAGAAGGUCUUUGUGCAGUUGCUAUGUGUCAACAUUCUUCUGAUCAUUCCUCAAACCUAGGAACAACACGUUCGAAAUUUCUUCAGCAGCGUCAUCUAGAUGAUAAUUUAACCAAUGGUGAACUACGGAAAUCACAUUCCCAGGAAUCAGAUAUGCUGGAACAUUCAACAUCUUCAAGUUUAGAUCUCGCUUCGUCAAAAUUAUACCACCCUCUUAUAAUAUCAUCCACUGAUUGUUGUAAUUACGCUUUGGAAACAAUUGAGUUAUACCACAAGGUUGAGUUAAAUCCUUAUCUUUUUGAGGAGUUCAAAUUCAAAGUGAUUCGACUACUUAUCUCUGAAUCACAAAAGCGUAAAGCUUGUGAAAUUCUUGAUUCGUUGGUUGGACCAUCUCUUUCCUCGUUUAGUACUGAGAAUCCUUGUUCAAUGAAACGUUAUUUCACUAUUGUUCGUUUAUAUAAAUUGAUGAAUUUCAAUCGUAAGGCUAGUUUAGCCCUAUGGCUUUUAUUAUCAUCAAAUCGACUGAACCGUGUUGAAUUUGAGCAUGAAAUUUUAUUUAAUGGUUUAAAAAUUCAAUCACUUUCACCGAAUAUUACUCAAAUGACUGAAACGAAACUCCUAAAUGGUGAUGACGAUACUACUAUUAAUACUACUACUACUACUAAUAAUAGUAAUAACAUCACUAAUAAAGAUUUAAGCUAUUUAAUAAAUGAAAAUAAACCACCAGUAAACGUCACCUAUCGUUUAAUUGCGAAUCCCCCAUUAUGGAGUCCAUUUGUUAUACCUGAUCAAUCACAUUGGUUAAUUCGUCUCACCACAACGAUAUCAAAUUCAUCAACGCUUUCAACCAGUAUAUUUAAUAAUAUAAUUAAAUUAAAAUCCAUGUCUAAUAAUACACGUCAUAUUAAUUCAAACAUGAGUUCUAAUUCCAAUAGUUUAUAUUCAUCAAAAUCAUGUCUACUAUUCCGUUUAGUUGGUUGGUGUGAUUUACAAUUGAAAGUCAUAUUUUAUUUAAUUAAUGAAUAUAAAGCAAAAAUUAAUCUGGAAGAUAUAUCUGAAAUUCCAUGGGAUAUUGGAUUAAAACUUAUUGGAUACUGUUUCUCUGUACUGGACAGUUGGCCUGAAUAUCUAGAAAAAAGUAGUUGUAUAUCUUGUAUGGAUGAUUUAUGCUGUUUAGCGGUACUUCGUUGUCCAGACCAACCAACUAAUUUACCUAGUAUAACUUUAUUAAAUUAUUCUACUCAAGAAAAUGUCCGUUCUCGUAGAUGGCCUCGUAAUCGUCGUGUAGUUUAUUCACCAAGUAGAUUUUGUUAUUUAAUGAAUAAUAACAAUGAAGAAGUACAGACGAAAGUGGUCGAGAAUAAAAUGUUAGAUUUGGUAGAAAUACCAGUGCAUCAGUUGCCCUUAGUUAGAUUGAUCAAUAUACCUUCACUGCCAAGUAAUCUGUUACCUCACACAAUUUCUAAAAACGGAGCGGAGAAUGUAGUUUCAUUGAAUAGAUCUCGUACAGUUAUUAUUCGAUCAGAUCGAAAUAAAUCAAAACCACCGGAAUCUAACAACAAUAUAGAAUCAUCAAAACCCACUGAUCCAUUUGUUUAUAAUCCUUUUCAAAUGGAUAAUUCUAGUGCAACUAAACAUUCGAUAAUCGAUUGGGUUUGUGAAGAACCUGGAUACAUAGAAAUGAUAGUUGAUAACAAGCUCCCAGUUGAUUUAAGAAUAUCUGAUUUACAUGUUGAAUUGAUACCAGUUAAUAUUGGAUUAUCGACUAAGGAAUCAUCAUCCAAUCGUGUUUCGUUAUUGACUUCCGAUUAUGAAUCAUCAUUUGGUGGUGGUUCUACUGUAAACAAUGAAUGUUCAGAUGCUUUAUCAAACCUAAUUCAUUUAGAAGCAAUAUUUUUAACUGUGGAAACUCCACAAUCAGUUAAAAUACUACCCACUUCACAUUUGAGUAAUCUUGAUCUUGGAAAUGUGAAACAUCAAACAAAAGAGAAUGGCUUCUAUGGUCGUCUGGAAAGCGGUUGUCUUUUAGAAGAAGCUGAAUUGCAUAGACAAUUUCCUUAUUCCAAUACAGAAUGCUUUUGGAGACGAAUUAAUUCAGAUGUAAACUGCAGAUUACCAUCUCAUACGAAUGGAAUUAAACUGUCGAUUGGUGUAGUACCAACUUUAGAUUUGUUAACAUCAAGUACUUCAUUCGAUGAUUCAAAUACAUGUUUACAUUAUCGAGUUGUUGGCAUUACUUAUCGUCUAGUCGAUUGUGGUGGAAUGAGAGUUUGCCUUAGACCAUCUGGAAAAUUUCUUUAUUCCUUGUCUUCACUUGGGGAAUCAUCUAGUAGAGGACGUGAAAGACAUCCGAGUGGUUCUUCAUCAUCUACUUUUUCAACUAUUCGAUCUUCAUGGAAUUUAGGUUCGGAACCUAUAUGUCCUAAUGGUAUUUCAAAUAUAUCUGAAUUUGAUAGUGAACAUUUAUUAUCGAAUUCAUUGGGAAUACAAUUUUCAUUAUUACCACUUAUUAGAUUACAACCUGCAAUGCCACGAAUGUGUAUGUUUCCAGGUCGCAUUUGCAGCGCAUUCGAUUUAAAUGAAGCUGUUGAUAUAUUGCGAAAUGAAUCAGCUAGUGAACAUUCAUGUGAUGUUACGAAACAACUCCAUUCACUUGGUCUAUCAAAAUUUCAUGUCCCUGAUCCUUCAGAAUGGUGUAAUCGUGUAGCUGCUGUGUUGGAUUUAACUAUAUUUCCAUAUGAAACUAGAUGGUUACCCAUCGAAUUAUAUAUUCGCGAUGAAAAUAGAUUCAAUGUUUCAAUAAAUAAUAAUAAUAAUCCAGAAAGUAAUUAUGAUUUUGAUAGUAAUUACUCAAUUAAACGUAACCUAAACUUGUUACAUGUAAAUUUAAAAUCAGUUUCAUCAAGUUUAUCAUUGUUAACCAAGUUAAAUUUAAAUGCAACUGAUUUUAUUCAAUGUAUCGGUUUAGAAGAUAUUCGAAAAAGAUUUCCUCUCCCAGUUGAAAAUUGUGAAGUACCAAAUUCUUUACCAAAUAUAAAUUCUGAUUAUGAUGAACAUUCUCUUCCAUUAUAUGCGACACAUGUUGGUUUAAUUUGGUUGAAAUUCGAUUCAGAUAAGUAUUGGCAAAUUGUGACCGAUCGAUUUUCUUCAGACCCUGAAAUUAAUGAAUUAAUGAAACCUACUCAAGUACAGUCGAUUUACAUUGAAUUAGAAAUUGAAUACGCUCUUGAUGCAACUAAAUCUUCACCAUCGUCUGAAUGUAAUACAUCAUCAUCUCUACUUUCCAAUAAUAAUCAAUCAUUAACACGUCAAAUUUCAUUAGGAUUCAAGUUGGAAUUACUGGCAUCAAAUUUAGCUCCAUUAAAGUUAUCUGAUUUAAUGUUAACUUUUGAAGAUAAACCAUUAACAAAUGAAUAUUACUUACAGAAAAAUAAAAUGACAAAAUUAUUUGGGGAAAAAAUUCAAGCUGAAUCAUUUUUAUAUGGCUCUGUCGAAACAAACUUAUCACAUACAUUUCUACCUCAGAUAUUGAUAGAACCUAAUCAUCUCCUGCAUUAUCGUCUCGAAAUAGAACUAGAAGAAAAUUGGUCUAAUAAACAACAGUCGAGGUCACUAGUACAAUUAAUUAGUCCAUGGUUAUUUCAUGUAUUUAAUGAAUCAGCAGAUAAUAGUUCUAAACGAAAGCAAUCACUAUCUUCUACUGAACUAUCGAAUGGCGUAUCUGAAAAAACUUCGAAUUCACCGAGUUCUCCUGUUUUAAACUCUUGUACAGAAGAUGUCUUGGAUAAUUUGAAAACUACACAUCAAAUCCGUUUACCACUUAUUGGAUUUAGUGACUUAGUGUUCAGUAACAAAAUGACAAAACUUAUCAAUUCAGAACGGUUAAAAUCGAAUGAAUCAGGUAUUCCUAUUCCUGUGGAAAUUGAAGUACCUGGCAGUGUUUUAGAAUCAAAUAUAAAAAUAUUUUGGUACUCUCGUGUUCAAGCUCGUUGGAAAUCUGAUUGUAAAUCAGAAAAAUCUCAGCAAUAUGAAAAUUCAUAUUUAUGUUCUUAUUUUCGUCGAUAUGGUCGAAUAAUUUUACCAGCACAUGAAUGUCGAAUAGAUCCAAAAUGGUUUGCUAAUGAAGCUUUGUCAACAUCAUUAUUUAAACCUUGGUAUGAAUAUCCGUUCCUUAAUUCUGGCUCUGCUGCUGGCCUUCUCUGGUCAAAUAAUAUUUGGAUAGAUAUCAGUCUGGACCCACCCAUUCUUGAUUAUUCACCAAAUUUUCGAAUUAAUUCACAAAAAAAACUUGAUCCUCAAAGUCAACUAUGUUUACAAUGUCGUCAAGAUUAUUCUAUUGCACGUCGAACAACUGUUUGUACCCAACGUCGUAUUUCAUCUAUUUCAGUAUUAUUAAAUCAAGAAUUACUAACUAAUACCAACACUAAUAUCACUAGUACAAUAGCGAAAAAUCAGUUGAAUAAUUUAAAAAUAGAAGAAUUAUCAGUGGGACUUCGUAAAAUAUCUCUGCCCGAUUUAAGAGCUUCACGAAAAUCUAUUAUGAAUAUUAACAAAGAAGAUCUUUAUUCAUCGUCACGUAUUUGUACAUAUCCAUUAAAUCCUGUGUCUGUUUCUAUUCAAUGUGGAGUAAGGCAGAAUUUUUUACGGGAUAUUUUUAUGGAAAAUGAAACAAACUCCACAACUCAACGAAAAAACUCGUUUCUCAACUCAAAUGGUACCACAGAUUCAACACAAGAGUUUCGAAUAGAACAUGUUUGGAUGGGUCCCGCUGUAUAUAGACAUGUUCAACACAUUAGUAAUGAUGAUCAUGAAUCAACUCAGAGUACUUUGUUAGGACCAUUAAUUGAAGGAAUGGAUUAUACUUUUGUUGGAAAAGCCUCAGGUAGUAUUGGGUUCUCUAUCUCUCAGUCUUCGUCGUCAUCAUCAUUAUCACCAUCUAGUCAAAAAUCUGAAACAUCCAUUAGUUCUAUAAUAUUUUUACGUCCCGGAAAAUUUUGGGUUUGUGGUCUGUUAGGUAUAUUACCAGAAUCUUCCAUUUUAACUAUAGCAAAAGAUGGUCAAAUACCUACACCAUUUCAUUUACCAUCAGUACACAGUGUUGAAACUAUUCGUUUUUCGCCAAAUGGAAUCUAUGUUCAUGUACUUGAUUCACAUGUGUAAUGAUUUUUUUACCUGAUUUAUUUUUUUUUCUGAUCUAGAAAUCUACUUUCAGAAGAUAAAUACAUCCUUCCACUCCCAUAGGUUAUUUAUACUGUUUCCUUCUGUGUUUAUUUUACUGUGAUUAUUACUUUUUCAAAGUGUCUGUUUAUCGGCGUUGUUUAGAAACAACCGGUUUCAAUAUAUUUUCCUGCCAUUUGUUUGUACUGAUUUCUUCCUUUCAUAAUUUUAUCAUUUAUCUAUCAUGUCCAACAGUAAUAUCAUUAUCAUACACUCAACGAUGAUUUGUCCACAUGUUUUAUAGUGAUUUAUAUACUUUAAAUAAAUUUCUUUGUUCUAUAGAUUAACAAAUUAAAUCAUUCAUAUCAUCAUAUUCACAUCAAAACAACAGGGAAUAUAAACAUGAAAAAGAGAAAAAUAUAUUAUUCAAUUUAAUCUCUUCUUUCUUAUGUUAUUUCUGUGCUGACUGUCUCAAAAUACACAUGAUAAAUUUUUAGUCUACACUGUUCUAUUUUUCCCGUUUUUAAUAUCCUUCAUUCUGCUUCUUCUUCACGUUUGUCGGCGUGUUUUCUUUAUUCCUCCUCUUCUACUGUGAUAGAUUAAUAAUGAGUAUUUUUUAAAUUGCAUUUAUUAAACAGUAUAUUCAACAUUCGCGAUUUGAUUACUUCGUUCAAUAUGUAGGCCAGUUAAUUGUAUGUCUGUAUGUAUGAAUAGAUAUUCUGCGACGUUAGAGGGAAAUAUAUUUAUUCAAUAAUAAUGCUUGUGAUUACUAUUUCUUUUCUCUCAUUUAUAUCUUGCUUUAUUUAUUCAACCGAAAACAAUUAAACAUUAUGCAUAUCAUAUAAGAAUUAUUAUCUUAAUCGUUCUGUAACAAAAAUAAAACAUUGAUUCAGUGUAUUGUAACUAGUGACUUUCUGUCCAUACAUUUAACCCUCGCCUCAAGAAUGAUGUGUGUGCAAUUGGAUAAAACUUGUUUACUUUCCAUUUCUAUAUAAAUAAAAUACGGUUGUGAUUUAUCCAAAUCAAUUGUUCACUAGUUCUUAAGUUGCUUUUGAUAUAAUAUUGUUUUAAUAAAUAACUUAUAAAACAGAAUAUAAACAUUCAUUUAGAAGU